GCAGAAAGGAUGGAGUAUCAUAUUGACACGUGUGUAGCUGUAAAGUGAACAUUUAUAAGUCCACAAGUAACUCCAUGACUCUGAGUUGUGAGUAUACGUUGUGUAGCCCUACAAAUACACAACCUGACAGAUUAGAAACAGCACUUAGUUUGUUUAGAGGCUCCGCGGACACCUAUAGGGAAUCUAGCUCCAGCUAAGCUAGCAGACAGCUAAACUACAUUUUCCGCACUAUGUGCUGUUUUUCAGUGUUAUGACUUUCGUUAACGUCUGUCAGAUUUUCAUUUAAAAUAUCUGGGUUGCUGAAUCCAGUUUACUGUGUUUCUACACGCAUUUCUACGGGUUCACAGCACAGACAUGGCUGGUGCGUUUAGCAGCAGCUCGGAAACUGUAAUUCAGCGUGUGGUGGGAGUUGCAGUGAAGACGAGCACACCUGCGGAUGACCUGGAAAAGUUUUAUCAGAUUAAAAAAACCUGCGACUUCAUCAGUGAGCAUCAGUUUGAAAAGGUAGCUCUGCAGUUUCCCGAUGAGCUGUUGGUGGAUUCAGUUGCAGUGGCAGAAGAGAUCGAGAGAAACACUAAUGCCAAGUCAUACAUUUUGGGUGAUACAUCCUAUGGAAGUUGCUGUGUGGAUGAGGUCGCUGCAGAACACGUUGGCGCUGACUGCAUUGUGCACUAUGGCAGUGCUUGCCUUAGCCCAUCCAGAAGGCUGCCCUUGUUAUACAUCUUUGAGCAAAGAGCAGUAGAUGUGGAGAAGUGUGCCUCCUCCUUCAGAGAACUCUACCCUGACAGACACAGUCACAUAAUCAUCCUCUAUGAUGUCAACUAUGCUCAUGCCAUUAAUGGUCUUUUGGCUCUACUGUCACCAGAGUAUCCAAACCUUGUUGCAUCUGAAAUUGUUGUUGAAGGGGAGCAGUGUUACAGUCAUGGGCAGAUUAAAAGACAAGAUGAUGACGCCCGUCUCUCUGACCAAGACGAUGGCCAGGUCAUCUAUCAGUUUGGACGUCAGUUCACCUUGAAAAGCAGUUUAAGCGUCACGGACUGCAGUAUGUUUUAUGUGGGCCAGGAGGGAGCGACCCUGCGAAACUUCAUGAUGACUUGGAAUCGGUGCUCGUUUUGCUCUUUUGACCCUGUGACAGCGAAGGGGCAGGUCGAGUCUAUAAGCAUCAGCCGCGCUCUGAUGAAGAGAUACUAUGCUAUAGAAAGGGCCAAGGAUGCCAAUGUGGUCGGCAUCCUGGUUGGGACUCUGGGGGUUGCCGAUUACCUCUCUAUCAUUGAGCAGCUGAAAGAGACCAUCAAGAGAGCUGGCAAGAAGAGCUACAUGUUUGCCAUGGGGAAGCUGAACGUACCCAAACUGGCAAACUUUCUUGAAAUUGACAUCUUUGUUUUAAUUGCAUGUCCAGAGAGCUCACUUUUGGACUCAAGGGGGUUUUUAAAACCUGUAGUGACGCCGUUUGAGAUGGAGGUGGCCUGCAACAGGAAGAGGGAAUGGUCAGAGGAAUAUGUCACAGACUUCCGACAUCUCCUGCCAGGUGGACAGAGUCACGUAUCUUUGGCUGAUCAGCAGGACGAGGAGGAUGAAAGUGACGUUUCAUUAAUCACUGGUGCUCUGCGAAGCCACAAUCUCCUGAGCAGUGAGCCUACAGAGCCGGCCUAUGGGUCCUCUGUGGUCUUGAGGAACCAGACGCUGACCGUAGCAAACACAAACUCAGCUGCAUCUUUUCUUGCAGGUCGAAGCUGGAUCGGUUUAGAGCAGAAGCUGGGAGAGACACCUGUGGUGAAAGCAGUAGAGGGCAGGAGAGGCAUAGCUAUAGCCUACGAGGAGGAAGGAACAUCGUCGUGAUCAUUUUUACCAAUAAUCCACAAUGUCUUUGGUAAAUUAAUAAAUAACCUAUCAAUGUACCAAAUGUAUAGCAUAUAAGCUGUAUUUACUGGAAGAAGAAAGUGAUUAUUAAAUGUUUUUUUUAUUAACAUCAGUACCAGGCGGUGGUAGUUUUAAUACUGCAUUACUUAAAUUAUAGGAAUCUGUGAUUCAGUGAUUACAGUAUUAUGACAUCAUAACCAGACCAAAGGUUGUUACUCUGAACCAGGAAAUGACUGAAAUGUAUUUUGAUCUCUGAGUGUUAGAAAAAAAUAGCCCAAGUGUCAGAUGACCACUCAUCUUAAAUUAUUCACGCAACUUGGAGGAAAUUGGCCUUGUAUGAAGUGGAAAUGUAUUAAGUAUAAAAAUGCACUUUUCAAAUCUUAUGACCUCUACGCUGACCCUGGGUUUGAGCUUUAUAGCAGAAGGAAAUUGUAACACUGCAAAGAAAAGAAAACAAUUUGCUGAACGUAUUAAAAUAUCCCACAGUU